AGUCUUCCAUUGGAAUGAUCGCGUGAACCGCCACGAACGGCCAAGCCUCGUCUUUUGUCGGUUUUCUUGGCUGCUGACGUUUGUUCUGGCCUUGGCAGUUGAAUAAAAAGAGAACGACGACGACGACGAUCUGGGGUUCACCUCAAAGCAUUUUGAAAACGGCACUGGCAUUUUGAACGACGACCAUUGUUGGGACCUUAACUCAUUACUCAAGUUUUUUUUUCUUACCUCUCUACACGGCACUCUCGUUACCCUCAUUUUUCAAUCCGGUCUCGCACGACAAUAUGUCGAUAAAACAGGGAUUUAGCCUGCAAGCCAUCCUCUUGUGGCUGCUGGCGGGCUUGACACUCGUGGCUGCCCAAACAGACGCGAUCAAUGAUAUUAAGGAAGCCAUCACAGCACAAACAGCGGUUGCGGGUGCCCUUGCCAUUAUCCUUGGUUUCGUUCUACUCUUUUGGGGCCACAGACUCUUUUAUCCAACACUCUUCCUUGCCGGAUUCUUCGUUUUUGGGACCUUGGGGUACUCCAUUCUCCUCAAUUUGGAACCACAGCCAGAUGGAUGGUCUAAUCGUGACACGAUCUUGUUACUCGGGUCUUUGGCGUGUGGUAUUGUCGGAGGACUAUUGGCAGUGUGCCUGGUCAAGCUGGGGCUGGCAUGCAUCGGAGCUCUCGGCGGGUUCUCGUUAGCAAUGUUUAUCCUCUCCUUCCAAUCCGGCGGUGUAAUUCAGAGCGGUCUCGGACGUACCAUCUUUAUCAUUGCAAUGGUCGUGGUUGGGGCUAUUGCUAUCUUUUUCCUGGUCAAGCCGGUACUCAUUGUCUCGACUGCUGUGGCCGGAGCCAUGUCCAUUGUUUUGGGUAUCGACGUGUUUGCUCGAACCGGAUUUACCCCGGCUCUCCGACUCUUCUUGACAGGCAACCGAUUCGAUGUGUCGAUCUUUACGAGGGACAACAAGGUCCUCGCCCUGCUCAUUACAGCCGCCGUACUUGCCAUUGUGGGCAUAUUAGUACAGUUUAGAACCAACCGUGGUCGCACCUUUGGACACAAGUAGUUUUCCUUCAGUGUAGAACGUGGUUUAUCUACAAGUUUGUAUGUAUAUAUUAAUGAUGCGAAUGAGUUGUGAAUAGAAAUGAAAACCAAGCGUUGAAUUGUGAAACAAUUGCACCAGAUAUCAUUUAUAAAUAUAUAAAGAGUUAUAUACGCAAAGUAAA